AUGGUGCAGUUUGGCAAGUGGCUGAGGCGGCAGAUCGAGCAGAGCCUCCCGGAGUGGCAGGACCAGUUCCUGCGCUACAAGGAGCUGAAGCGCUGCGUCAAAGCCCUCUCCGGCGUCUGCCCGCCGCUGCCGGCGGAGGAGGCCGAGUUCGUCGCCGAGGUCGACGCCGAGACCGAGAAGAUCAACUCCUUCUUCCUCGACCAGGAGGAGGAGUUCAUCAUCCGGCACCGGGAGCUGCAGAACGACAUCAAGCGCGCGCUGGACCCCAGAGCGGCGGGUGCCGUGGCGCCGGCGCAGCACGAGGCCGAGGUCGCCGCCAUCCGCAGGGAGAUCGUCAACUUCCAUGGCGUCAUGGUGCUGCUCCUCAACUACAGCAGCAUCAACUACAUAGGUCUGGCCAAGAUCCUGAAGAAGUACGACAAGCGCACCGGCGCGAUGCUGCGGCUGCCGGUGAUGGAGACGGUGCUGCAGCAGCCCUUCUUCAAGACGGAGACGGUGUCGCAGCUGGUGCGGGAGUGCGAGGCCAUGAUGGAGGCCGUGUUCCCGGAGGCGCCCGAGGGCCAGGCCGCGGCGGCGGCGCUCGCCGUCGCGGAGGCGGAGCAGAGCAUCUUCCGCAGCACCGUGGCCGCGCUCCUCACCAUGCAGGACGUCCGCAAGGGGAGCUCCACCAGAGGAAGCCACUCGCUGCCGCCGCUCAACCUGCCGGACUCCGACUGGCUCCGGUCGUUCGAACCGCCGUUUCCGAUCCCCACCCGAUGA